AUUAGAAAUGAAUUUAUCAAGAACUAUUUUAUACUUUAUUAUAUUCAUGAUUAUUCCUGGAAUAGCAAUAGAAGAAGCUAAUAUUUCAUGUACAGCAGUUAAUCAUAAGACAAAUGAACAUGUUGAUCUUCAGAAACUUAGGAAAACAGAGAAGAAUGGAUAUAAUUGGGAAGUAAAAGAUGAGGAGAAUAAGAUAGAUUUUAAGAUUAAUAUUUGUGCACCUAUUAUGAUGAAUGAUACAUCUAUUGAAGGAGUAAAUCUUGAGCGAGUUGGAGCAAUAUAUGUUGAAGGAAAUGAGACGUUUUCUAUUGGGGAAAUGUCGUCAAAUGUGUAUUUUCAAGGGGAAAAAGUGGUUCUUCAGUAUAAGAAUGGGUCAUUAUGUCCAGGAAAUACGACAUUUAGAAAAAGUAGUACAAUUAGUUUUAUAUGUAAUCCUCGUAUAUAUGAUAAGCCGGUUAUUUUUUUUGUAGCAGAAGCAGAUAAAUGUGCAUAUUUUUUUGAAUGGCAUACAGCUUAUGCAUGUACAAAAGCAAAGGAACAUUUGUUUGGACCGGGAACUAUAUUUGGAAUUAUAUUAUUGGUUACACUUAUUGUAUAUUGUAUAGGUAGUUGUAUUUAUAGGAAUACGACUAUCUAUGCCACAGGUUGGAGGCAAAUUCCACGUCAUGGAGUUUUUUUUACUAUAAAAGAUACUGCAUCUAAUUUAUUUACAUCUUUAUUUUCAAAGCUUAAUAUCUUUAAAUUUAUGCAGUCAGAUUAUAGUUACAUAGGAGAUAUAGAUGAAGAAAACAGACUCAUUGACGAGGUUUUUGUGAACAAUUAAUAUACAACCAAAAUUAUAUAUUCAUAUAACUUAUUAUUAUUCUA